UCUCUGGUUCAGGCUUCUCUCUCUCUCUCUCUCUCUGCACUUUCCUUCUCGCCAGGUUUCUUAAUUCACACAAAACGCAUUUGGGUCAUUCAUUGCGUGCGUGCUUCACAUCUUCGCUACGAAGUUUUUUUCAAAUUGAUUUUUCAGUUUUCUUCUUGAUUCGGCUCCUUCUGUAAUUUGGGUUUCUCUCUGAUCUCGAUUCAAUUCAGCGUUUGGGGAAACUGGAUUUCGAGUCUUAGCAGCAAGAACAAAGAAGAUAUUAAAGAAUCAGCAUCCCCUUUGCUUUUAAGCGUCAUUUCAUCGGCUUUAUACUACUUUGGAGUUUGGGCGUCGGUCCAACUGCGACGUCCAUAAGUAACCCAUAAUUUCUUUUUCUUCAUUUCCCCAUUUUUAUUCCGCUGGGUUGAGUUCAUUUUUUGCCCAUUUCAGAGAAAAAGGUAGAGAACUUUGGGUUUUGGGUUUCCCCCAUUGUAAUCUGGGUUUCUUGUUUUUCGUCUGGCGAUAGAAAUGUUUGGAACUGCGUUGCAGUUUGGGGGAAUCAAGGGUGAGGAUCGGUUUUAUAUUCCAGUAAAGGCAAGGAAGAAUUAUAAUCAGCAAAAGCCGUCGAGGAGACCCGUCAAGAGCGAUGAAACUGAGAGCCCUUCUUCAGAUAUGAAGACCAAAGUCGUGGCUUCUACUACUAAGCCUUCUAAGCCAUUAACUCCUCAGCAUAAGAGCAACUUGGAGAGAUUCUUGGACGCCACAACGCCUUCAGUUCCAGCGCAGUACUUCUCUAAGACAACUAUGAGGGGUUGGCGGACUUGUGAUAUUGAGUUUCAACCUUAUUUCAUUCUGAAUGAUCUGUGGGAGUCUUUCAAGGAGUGGAGUGCAUACGGUGCUGGAGUUCCUUUAGUACUUAAUGGAGGCGACUCUGUUGUCCAAUAUUACGUUCCAUAUUUGUCUGGCAUCCAAAUAUAUGGUGAAUCUGCAAUGAGAUCAGAUUCUAAGUGCAGGCUGGCUGGUGAGGACAGUGACCUCGACUCCUCCAGGGAUACAAGUAGCGACGGUAGCAUUGAAUAUGAAGUUGGAAAAAACUCUCAAAUUUCUAGGGAGCAAUGGGUUCAUGACCUUCUAACUUGUGAAAACACACUUAAAAUGAGAAAUAUGUCUGUAAGAGAUGAACAUUGCAUGAUACAAGAAGGUUUUUCGAGUGAUGAUGGGGAUGCUGGAAAUCCUAGGAGUGUUUUGCUCUUUCAGUUUUUUGAGCAAGAUCUUCCUUAUCAACGAGUUCCAUUGGCUGAUAAGAUAUUUGAUCUUGCUUACCAAUAUCCUGGUUUGAAAUCUUUAAGAAGUUGUGAUAUCCAGCCAGCCAGUUGGGUCUCUGUCGCAUGGUACCCGAUAUACCGUAUACCCACCGGUCCGACAUUAAAAGAUUUGGAUGCUUGCUUUUUAACAUAUCAUUCCCUUUCGACUCCCAUUAGAGGUAAUGGACAUGGCCAGGCACCAGUGAUGAUAUAUCCAAAUGACAUGGAUGGUGUCCCAAAGGUCUCCUUGCCUGUUUUUGGAUUGGCUUCUUACAAGCUAAAAGGCUCAAUUUGGGCGCAAAAUGGAGUCAAGGAGCAUCAGAUGGCAAAUUCUCUGAUGCAGGCAGCGGAUAACUGGCUGAGGCUUCUUCAGGUUCAUCAACCUGAUUUUCAGUUCUUUGCAUCGCACGGGACGUACUGGAGAUGACAAACGAUGACUCGAGAUGUGUCUCUACCUCCAUGCUACCCGCUUGAACUACAGCCCAAAAUAACAAACUCAGUCGCAUGUCAACGAUUGUUAAUGAUGCAUUUUGAUUUUGGGUGGCUUUGUUCUUUCUGGGAAUACAUUUCAUAGAGGCAGGUAAGAAAAAAGUUCACAGCAACUUGUUAAAAACAUGUGAAAUGGUGGAGAACUAGUAAAACUGUGAAAUGGGAGUGGUAGCAGAACAGAACAGGGCUCAAAUGAAGUGGAAUCUGAAGGGCAAAAAGCAACAUGGAAUACAUAAUGGCAAUCAAGAUGCAGGUUGUCUAUCAUUUUACACUUAAUCCAUGGAAACUUGGGGAGAAGUUAAUCUCUUUUUGUGCACUCCCUUCAAAUUCAGAGUCGUCAUGGUUUGUUUUGUUGAUCGACGUGUUCUUCAAUAUAGUUUCGUCAAACUUCUACGUCAAGAAGUAUAAAUUUCCAUGUAUAUUACGUAUGUUUUUGAUGUGAUGUAUCUUUCUUUAGAAUUGAAGAAGUAUAAAUGAAAGAGAUUAGAUCGAAUUUCAUAUCGAAAACAGUAGAUACCAUCUUUGUGUGUA